AUGACAGCUUACUUCACAGCUGCCUUUGUCUUAACCGCUGCUCUUUCAAGUGCGGCGGGAACCAAUACCAGCCCUCCCGGCCCUGCUGAUCCUAUUCAGACAGUCAUCGUGGGUGGCGGAACCUCCCUUGGCUUCAACCCGCCUAUCCUCCAAGUCGGUCAAGGCAGUCGCGUUCACUUCGACUUCCGGGCUAUAAACCACACCCUGACCGAGUCUACGUUUCAGUCGCCGUGCACAAAGCUUUUCGGAACCGAUAUUGAUACUGAUUUCAAUAAUCCAAACCCGAGCGACAUACCAAAUCUGCAUCCAUUUGAUUAUACUUUUGCAUCCAAUAAGCCCCGCUUCUUCUACUGCAAGCAAGGGGCCGGGACGAGUGAUAGUCAUUGCCGUCGCGGAGAGGUAUUUGCCGUAAACGUGGAUCAGGCGACCUUUGCCGAGUUUCAGAGACGCGCCAUGAAUACUCCGCUGUAA